GCUCUCGCCCGCGCGAUCCUUCCAAGUCCAACCAAACGCGCUUACGCGCACCGAAACCAUUCCACCAACUCAGCCAACCCGAAGCUUCUCGUUCGGGCGACGGGGGCCUCCUGCCCAAACGCCGACCCGUUCCGUUCCACGCCGCGGCGGUGAGAUCCAAACGCAACCCCCGCGCCUCGGCCUCCAGCCCCUUCGCCGGCGACCGCCGGCCGCGGGCGCCAUGCCGCUCUCCCGCACCCCGACCGCCCGCCCCCGCCUCCGCCUCCUCGCCCUCUUCGUCGCGUCCCUCUCGCUCCUCUUCGCGCAAACCCUAGCAUCGUCCGCGUCGGAGGCAGGGGCCUCCGACCCCUGCGUCGCCCCCGUGUCGGACGGGGGAGGCGAGGCCCCGUCGUGCCCCGUGCGGUGCUUCCGGCCCGACCCGGUCUGCGGCGCCGACGGGGUCACCUACUGGUGCGGCUGCCCCGAGGCCGCCUGCGCCGGCGCGCGCGUGGCCCGGCGCGGGUACUGCGAGGUCGGGGCUGGCUCGGCGCCCGUCUCCGGGCAGGCGCUGCUGCUCGUCCACAUCGUCUGGCUCUUCGUGCUCGGCGCCGCCGUCCUCCUCGGCUUCCUCUGAUGAUUUACUUGUCAUGAUGGAAUGGCAAGCAACUUGGUGUCUCGGUGGACAUUGGAGACUAAUUUGUGGUAAAUCCAGACAUACACAAGCCAAAUGGCAGUGAUAGUUGUGAUGGCAUUAGCUAUUAAAUUUGAGAAGA